AUGGACGCGCCAGCUUCCAACCCUCUCAUCUCGAGCCAAACCAGUUCCCAGCUGCAGGCCGUCCUGCAUCCGCUUGUUCUGCUCACCAUCUCCGACUACAUCACGCGCCACACCCUCCGGCAGCAGGCAGGUCCCGUGGUGGGAGCCCUGCUGGGCCAGCAGAAUGGCCGCGAAAUCACCAUCGAGCACGCCUUCGACUGCCACAUGCAGCCGUCCCCCCAGGCCAGCGGCGGCUAUCUGCUAGACUCUGACAAGUUUGCCGCCAGGCUCGAUCAAAUGGUCACUGUGCACAAGGAACGGCAGCUCGACUUUGUCGGCUGGUACACGCUGCUCCCGCUCGCCGGGCCGACGAGCGCCGUCGUCCCUAUACACAACCAGAUCCUCGAAGGCUGGAACGAGUCCGCCGUCCUGCUGGGCUUCCACCCGGACGGGGUCCUCAACCACUCCGUCGGCGGGAAGCUCCCGCUGACAAUCUACGAGAGCAACUACGAGGUCGACGAUCAACGGCCCAGCGAUCACGACAGCGAGGAUAAGCGAAUGGACGACGGCGAGGCCCCCCCCCUGAAGCUCAGGUUCCGCGAGGUGCCCUACUCUGUCGAAACCGACGAGACGGAGAUGAUCAGCAUGAACUACGUGGCGGCUGGUGCUGGUACCGCCGGCGCCGCGUCUGCCUCCACCCCGGCAGCUGCAAACGCCAGAGAAGAGCGACAGGCGCGAUCGAUAGAAGCCACCGGCAAGGGCAAGCGACGCCUCGUGGAAGCGCAAGGCGACGAGCCCGGCGACCAGCCAGCAGCGGAAGACGAGCCGGGCGCCGAUCUGACGCGGGAAGAAGACGAAAUGGUUGCCGCAUUGACCGCCAGAAUCAACGCCGUCAAGAUGCUCCACUCUCGCAUCCGCCUCCUCACCACGUAUCUCGAGCGCCUACCGCCGUCCUUUGUGACGGGCGACCUGCGGACGGCCCCGGACUCGCAAAGCAUGGACACGGACCAUGCCGUUCCCUCACUGCCGAUCCUGAGACAGAUCCAGGCCCUCGUCCACAGGCUUGGCCUCGUGAUGACCCCCUUGAACCAAGAGGCCUUUGACGAGGAGAUGCUCCAGGAGAGAAACAAUGUCGACCUGGUGGACCUUUUAAACAGCGUGAUGCAAACCCUCGGCGGGGCUAGAGAUGCCGGGAGAAAGCUCAAUGUUAUAGAAACAGCCAAGGCGCUGAGGGGAAGAGGGGGUGGCGACGCCAGCUACUUGGCUUCCCCGGGAUACAACAUGUCUGGCGCGGGGGAUAUCCUGAUUUAG